AACAGUUUUAAAUGUUGUAAAUGCUUAUGUAAAUAUAUUUUUUGUGGGCAACCAAAAUGCAUAGCUAGCUAACGUUUUGUAGCUAGUAACACCCCAAAUAGCAAUCUGAACUUUUUAGGUUUGUUCAAUGAAAUAACAUUAGUAGAAUUAAAGAGCUAUAGCUAUGGUCAUUCAAUAGCAUUAUGUUUCUUGGUAGUCUUUUUGUGUAGUUAAGUAUAUUGCUGUAGUGUGUUUUUAUAUAGUCCUUAUUCUCAUGUUGGUAUUUUGAUAUGACCUCUGAGCGUUUGUUUAAAAGCUCAUUUUAUUUUCACUAAAUUUAUUCUUACUUAUGUUUUUCUUGUUUCUUUAAAGACAAUAGCCAUGCUUGAAGUUGUUUUUCGAGAGACUCACACCUAUUUGUUUUUAAAACAUUUUGUUUAUUUUUCUCUUGUUUUUUAAAAAUAAUGACCAUGCUUGAAGUUGUUUUUCUGGAGACCCCACACACUUGUUUUAAACAACCAGUGUUGUUUAUAGAUAUAUUAUUCCUAAUCAAAAUGAUAUCAAAUCAUAACAAAAGCUGUUAUAAAUUAUUGUUAAAAAAGUGUGUUGUCUGUUGUACCCAUGCUAUCACCGGUUUUUAUUAUGAUAAUUUAGUUAAGUACACAAUUAAGCUUUCUUUUAUAUCACACUGCAGUUGUGCUUUGCUCAAGUAUUUCAUAUAUAUUUUACAUUGUCAGAAUAAAAAAAAUCAUUUUUCAAGUUGGAAUUGUCAAAGCAGGUCACAAGAAAAGUAGGAAGCAUAUUUUAUCAUGAGUUUUGGUAAUAGUAAGCGAAAUCUUCAAGAAUCAUUUGUAUUGGUUGGUACCAUAACAGUUAUUACAAGGAAUGGGACUGAUGGCAUGGCCUAUCCUAUUAUCUUGGGAAAAAAAUGGUAACAAUUGGAAAGUUGAAACAUCGUCUACGUCAAAUAGUUUAGAAAGUAUGUUGAUGAGAGAAAAUAUCAGGUUGAAGAAGAAAAUUUCAGAGCUCGAGAACCAACUUUCAACAGACUCUACAAGCUUACCUAUAGAAAAAAACCGCAAAAAAUGUCCAUUACAGUCAUGUGAUAGUUGUGUUACAAAUUUAUCUCGGCACAUGAUAGAAGUACACUAUUGGCCCCAGAGUAAGGCAAAAUAUUGCGUUGGCAUAUACGGAUUGAGGAAACCAGGUGUUAGGUUUUAGGUUGUCGAAACAAAAGAAUGAGUUUGCACCUCCAAGACGUCCACAAACUAUCAAAAGGACCUUACUAUUAUAGUAUGUUGAAAUUAGCCAGGGUGUGUGACGUUGCAUCAAACAACGAAGUACACAUAUGACAUCCAUCCCUGCCAAGCAUGUCGCCACUGAUGAUCGCCACUGAUCCGAAGUAACAGAUUCGGAUAGUGACAUGGAAGAUGACGAAGUGGUUGACUCUGCUGAAAUUUUAGAGAGGUUUGUGACAUAUAAAAUUUCAGUUGAUGGAGGGAAGAGUUGCCAAAAGAGUGCUAUUCAGUCAAAGCAGCAAUUGAGAGAUAUUUGGGCAGCUUUGGAUUCCUCAUAUCCCAGUGAUUUAGUCAGAAAAUAUAAAAUUCGCGACACCUUUUUGACAACGUAUGCCGAAAAGACAAAGGAAUACAAAGCUUUAACCAUUAAACGGUAUAUUUUGUCACUGCCACACUUCUAUGACUUUCUCCUUACUGAGGAGAUCCAUCUACCUGGAAUAGCACCAGAUAUGAUUUUAAGGAUGAAAGUUAGUGUAUCUCGAUGGAGCAAAUCUAAUAAUGGAACGGUAGAGAUACAGCAGCUUGAGAGACAGAUGGAGGAGCAACAAGUGCUUAUCACGCCUGAGCAGAUCCAACGGUAUGAGGAGUCUGCCAGUGCAAAGGAGGCUAUCUCGAUAAUUAAAAAUUUUCGUAGCCCUUACCGAGAAAACACCUUGUCUCGUCAAGAAUAUGCGUGUAUACGGGAUUUUCUCAUAACGGAAAUAACUAUAAUUAAUUGUCAGAGGUCUGGCGUACCUAGCAACAUGAACAUCGAUGAGGUGAAGGCUGCUGUAUUUCGUGAUGGUAAAUAUAUUAUUAAAGUAAAACGUCACAAGACAUUUAGGAAACACGGUCCUGUUAAUCUGUGUACGAGAGAAACCUUGUACCAACAGCUCUUAAUUUUUUUCGAUUCAAUUCGCAGUCAGAUACACAGUGACUUUGAAAAUGUUUUUGUUUCAUAUAAUGGCAAGAUUUUAGAAUCUGGAGCAAUAUCGAAACAAAUUAAUAGCACUUGGAAAAGGUCCGGUGUUUAUGGUGAAAACGAUCCGCCAGUGAGGAAAAACAUCACUUCAAAUAUAUUUCAAAAGUCUGGAUCCACCAUCAUUGAAGAUAAAAAUCCAAGUGAAGCUUCAUAUGUUGCUAGCCUGUUGACGCACUCUGAGAGCACCUUCAAAAAAUACUACCGUUUGAUAGAAAAGGAAAAGUAUGCCCUUAAGGGUACAGCUGCCUUGGAGGAAACUUUCAACAAACGUGGCAAAACAAAUAUUUACGAAAAAAGAAAACGUGGACUGAUGCCGAAGUCGGGGAGUUGGAGACUCUAUUUAAGCAGUUUUUGACUGCGAAAUCUGUCAGAAUUGGCGAUGUACGUAAUCUACGUGAAAAGUUUAUCCAUCUUAUUCAUUUGUCUGAUAGGCAGAUUUUAUAUAAAUUGAGAAGCUACUGGCGCUAUGGAGUCACGGAAGAGGAGAAAGGUAGGUUAAAACUAUCGCAUUUUUCUUCUUAUAUGUUGUAUUGGUGACUUUUAUUUGUUUUACGUUAGUAUAAAUAUAAAGAUUUUCAUGAAAAUUGUGCCUGUUUUUUUAUUAAAUUUAAAAGAAUUCAUUUCCUAUCUUUUAAUAGAUGGUAAUGAUGCUGUUGACAACUCAUGCUCCUCUAUUGCAACUGAAUACAAACAAUCUGUGUCAAAAGGAGUAGAUAAGCAUCAUGGUGAAAACGAAGAUGUUGACGAAGAAAGUGAAGAUGAUGAUUAUGAAAAUACAGUUUCUGGGAAGGAAAAAACUUUCUCGAAUGUUGAAGCUAACAUCAUUGUCGAAAAGUGUGCCGAGAUCAUUCGUUCUGGACCAAUAUCCAUCAAUAGAGUAGAACGUGCACUCGAAUCAAGCUCUGUUGGAAAACGUGUACUACAAAACUUUGACAUGUCGCAAAUACAAACAAGGCUUACAUAUGAGCGCUUGUAGUACAGAAAAAGUUCCAGAAGAAAGUGUCUCUAAACUGUUUUAUUUCUACCUUUACUGUACGAAACAUUUAACUAUAAUUUGGUGUAGUUU